AUGUCUUUAAGUGGUAGCAACAUUGAAGGUAAGAAUAUGGAACAAGAAUCACCAAGCAUCCCAACACUGAGCCGCUAUGAAUCUCAAAAGAGAAGAGACUGGAACACUUUUGGUCAAUACUUGAACAACAUGAGACCACCUGUUCCACUUUCACAGUGCAAUUCUAACCAUGUGUUGGAUUUUCUUCGUUACUUAGACCAGUUUGGAAAAACUAAGGUUCAUUUACAAGGUUGCAUGUUUUAUGGACAACCAGAACCACCUGCACCUUGUACUUGUCCUCUUAGACAAGCUUGGGGAAGCUUGGAUGCUCUUAUUGGUAGACUUAGAGCUGCUUAUGAAGAAAAUGGUGGGUCUCCUGAUACUAACCCUUUUGCUACUGGUUCUAUUAGGGUUUAUCUUAGGGAGAUCAGAGAGUGUCAAGCUAAGGCUAGAGGUAUACCUUACAAGAAGAAAAAGAAAGGAUCAAGUCAAAGCAAGGGAAGUGAAGAAUCAAGCUCUACUACUAUGAACUUUUCUUGA